AUGCCAGCUUAUGCUAAAUAUUUUAAGGAGAUAUUGUCUAAGAAGCGGAAAGUGGAAGAGAUAUCGGUGGUCAAGCUCACAGAAUAUUGUAGUACCAUUUUGCAAAAUAAGCUCCCUAAAAAAUAUGGAGAUCCAGGGAGUUUAACUAUACCUUGCUCUUUAGGAAGUACUAAGUUUAAGAAAUCUUUGUGUAAUUCAAGUGCUUCCAUUAAUCUUAUGCCUUUGUCUAUUUUCAGGAAAUUGGAGGGAGAGAUUGGAGAAAACAGGUUGAUACCUGUGUCAUUGCAACUGGCAAAUCAGACCACAAUCAUACCUAAAGGAAUAGCGAAAGAUGUGCUAGUUUAG